AAAUUUCUGUAUAAACCAGGAACGCAUCUGCUAUCCGCGCCCGGGCUUCGCCCGCGGCUUCCACCUUUCCACGCCCUCCCAAUCACCUCAUCAUCACGCGCGUUCCUGACCUCAAAGCAAGAGAAGCAUAAUGACAGGCACCAAUAGGAGGCUUGACGGCCGCCAGGAGGCAGUGCUGAAGCAGAUGAAAGGCUUGGGUCUGCGGAGGCAGUCUAGGUCUUAUGCCACCAACCUUUAUGAUAUUGACUCCACUUCUCAGCUUACGUGUGCCUCGGACGCGCCGUUUGAGGACACGACCGAAUUCGGGGAGUCGACCGCGCUGCCCUCUGUUGACGUUGGGGAGUACAGCGAUGCGUCCUACUCGGAGCAGAGUGAUUUCAGCGAAUAUCCCUCUUCAUCCAGCUCUCCAGAGUCGCCACGUUGUGCGUUUCAAAGUCCCAAAGGCCUGAGUCCAGAGGACUUUGAGUUUCUGCAAGCUCAUGGACUCGAGCGCUGUACGUCGCUGAAAGAACUCGGUCAGGGAGGCUAUGGCACUGUCGACCUUGUGCAGGUUGCUCUGCCCAGCGGUCGCAACUUCGUGGCAGCUCGCAAGGUAAUCCAUUCUCCUCUUUACGCUCAGCCACGCUAUGAGCGUGAGCUGCGCGGCCUUAUGCUUUGCGCGGAGUGUCCUUUCGUGGUGGAUGUUUACGCCUCGCGGGUGACGGAGGAAGGGCAGUUUGAGUUUCUGCUCGAAUACGCUCCAAACGGCACCAUGCACGACAUGCUCAAGGCCAUGGAGCAACGUCGCCGCGGCAAAGAGAAGCUGCUCAUGCCAGUUAACCGCAUCCAGUACUAUGCAGCCUGCAUUCUGCAGGGUUUGCAUUUCAUCCAUCAGCGUGGUCAGGCCCACCGUGAUGUGAAGCCUGGCAAUGUCCUCAUGGCGGCCAAUGGCCGACCCAUGCUCGCGGAUACUGACAGCAUGGACAGCGUAAAGAUUACGAAGCGCGCUGGAACCACCAGUUACCAGGCGCCGGAGCUCUGGCGUGCCACCCUGCAGGGUCCUGGCUACACCGCCGACAAGGCGGACAUGUAUGCCAUGGGAAUCACCUUGGCGGAGAUGGUUGCCUAUCCAGCAGGGUCCAAUGGCAAGUUGCAGCAGCUGAAGGACGAUCCAGCGGGUUGCAUGCCUGCCUACGUGCCAGCUGAUCUGAAGGACCUGCUGUGUGGCUUGCUGGCACCGGCAGCAAAGCGCCUGACGGUUGAGCAGGCUAUGGGGCAUAAGUUCUUUGAUGGCUUGGAUUGGCCUGCUCUCAGCUCCGGGCCGCUUGGCUUUAACGUACAGCUGCGCCAGGCGCCCUUGUCUGAGGCUGGUCGCGCCGAAUGA